GGGAAACAUAGGUAGGGGCCACCAUUUUGUCGAACGGUAGGCAGUUGCCAGAAGCUAGGCCUAUAGUUAACUUCCUCGCAGCCGUCAAGCGMGGUGCCCUCAUGUACGCCACCGUCCUGCGAGAUGGUUCAGUGCCCGAGACGGCACAGAUCGUUCUGAGGAGGUGGAAGGCCAUUUUCCGGUCUUUCCCUCCGAAGGACGUGUUKGCCAUUUGCACGGACUCUGCGGCGAACUAUACGUCGACAACAAAACUCCUUGCAAACGACCCCGAUCCGCAGGUCCGCCGUAUUACUUGGCUCCCGUGUUCCAGCCACGUCGCCAACUUGAUGUUGUUUGACAUCGGGAAACGGGUUCCUUGGGUUACGGACACCAUUUUCAGAGCUCGGGUGUUGGUGCGACUCAUUAAAUCGCACAGUGCAGCUUAUCACCUUUUCAGGGUGAAGAGUCGUCGCCGCACAAUUGUGCACCCCGUGGAGAUGCGAUUCGCGUCCGUUUUUUUUAUGUUUGUGUGUUUGCUCGCCAGGCGUAAUGCCUUGGAGAGCAUGCUUCAUGACGAGUGGGACAAGAUCCCAUGGGAGCCGUCGAAGCGUAGACAGGCUCUGUGGGUUCGACAGGUCAUCUGGUGUGCCGAUUUCUGGCGCAACGUUUACCACGCUAUCGCUGUCAUGACCCCUGUCCAUCAGCUGUUGAGGAGGUUGGACAGGGGCGGCAUGAUCAUGUCCACGAUUUACUCAUGGUCGAAGGAGUUGGUACGACAGGUGGCUGCUGUUGACGUCCCUAAUGACAUGCGGGGGCCGUGCGUGGAGGCAGUGCAGAUCCCCACCAUGCAUAUGCUUGAGCCUGCGCACGCUGCUGCGCACCUGCUCAACCCCUUCACACGCUCUCUCCGUCACUACGAGUCCGUCCGCAGGACAACUGUGGACCUCGAGGUAGUUACCGAGUGCGACUCGUUUCUGUUAGCGCAGACAUGCGGUGAUCCGACGGGGGAUACAUACUUGCGGUUGCGGGAGCAAAUGCGUUCCUUCCACGCUAGGAUUGGGCACACGACAGACAAGGGGACGAGGGAUGCCGAGGCGGAGGCCUGUAUCGGGGAUGAGGAGACGAGCAGGUGCACGUCCUGGUGGGAGGAGCACGGCUCAUGCUUCCCGGACUUGCAGGAGAUUGCUUGCCAUGUGAUGCACAUGUGGAUGUGCGCUUCUCUUGCUGAGAGGAAUUGGGCAGAGCAUGAGCGCAUCCACAUGGCCAAGCAUAACAAGCUCGAGUUCAGGAAGGUCGAGCAGUUAGUUGAGAUUGCUACAAAUCUCAAACUACUUGGAUGCAGCAAGCGGAGUGGGGGGUACGUUCUUCCGUGGGGUCACAAGGCGACCCUGGUUGAGGCGCAACCAAAGGAGUACACACACCUGGUGGUCGACGACGAGGAUGAGGAGGAUGAGCCUGAGCCAGAGGAGUGGGGAGCCAGAGCUCAAGCGGAGAUACUGCUUCCUUAUGACCACGUGMUUCCUCCGCCAGCAGAGCCAGUGCAGGCRUCGGAGGACCAGACGGACACGRAGGGCAGUGUAGAUAAGAGUGCGGAGAGACUCGACUACACGUACRGAGGAGGAGCAGAUGGAUUUCAGCCACGCUGCACAUUCAUUCAGGAGAGCGACGACGAUUCCAUCCCCGCCACCGAUAUAAGGUUGGAGCGUGGACAGCGAGAUGCUUCAGGCAGCGUGAGCGGAGUUGUUAGACGUGGCGCGAGUGGAGGUGCUUUAGGCGGGUCUAGUGGUGUACCUUGUGCCGACGCAGCGACACCCGACACCCCAGUGCCCGAGACGUCGUCCCAGGGAGAUGUCAACUCCGGGUCCACGAUGGGAGGAGACUUAGGUGCGUCUGAGUAUGGAGAUCCGGUCGUGUCCAACGUCAUACUUGGACUUUGUGCGGCGGGCACAUUGCAGCCUGAUCCUCCAGCCACUCAGGAGGCAGUUCCUAUGGACCGUGAUUCAGGCGAGUUGGAUGGAGGCCGCAGACCCGAUGCGGAGGGCGAUGAUGGGGCGGGUGAUCCCGACCGUCUUGCGCCUGCGCACAGUGCCGGUUCAGCUAGUAUGUCGUUGGCGUUGGUGUUGCUUGAUCCUUCACCGGUGGCGCACGAGGAUCCGUCACAUCCUGCAGAGGGUGGAGGUGGUGUUGAUGAGGAGGGGGAGGGCGGUACAGCACAUGACUGUCUUGACCCCGUGAGAGCAGAUAUGGAGGAGGAGCAGAUUACACCGGGCCUACUUCUCCCUGACGCGUUGCACCGUGCACUAGUGGAAGAUCCGAUUAGCAGGGGACCUGCAGGAUCUCUCGGGGCCGGAGUUCGCUCGCCCCCGCUUUACACACCUUUGAACCCUCUGUAUUCUGGCUCUCCUGCGAGCUUGGAGCGCGAGCAGCAGCGUUCAGAGUCUAUUAGAGCAGCGGCUUCGGGUGCAUGUACGACUCGCAUCCCCCCAAUUACACCUCCUCCACCGACUACGCUCCACGGUACCCCGACAACUGUCAUGGGCAGUAUUGCCGAGAGAGGCCACAUGCCGUCAUCGUCGUCGCCUCGCCUAGACACACAGCAGUCGCUUCACCGUCCGUGGAGCACAGUGCGACGAAUUGAUGAUGGCGUGAGGGGUGAUUUCGCGGCGCAGCAAGCAUGGGUGAAGGAGGAGCAGAGGCCGGCAACGAGUAUGCAGACUGCUUAUCACAUUCUCGGACUGCCUAGAUUCGGCGCUCGCAGAGACCUACUUUUAAGAUCACGCAUGGCCGCACCUACGUUAGACACUUCUAGCGAGGACGAUGUGUUGGCGCCUCAUGAAGAGUGAUCUCACACACGCAUUAACGAGAUAGAGUUUCGUAUUGCUAGGGACGAGGCGCGAUUAAGGGAGUUGCACGACAGA